AACGAGACGAAAAAAAUCUGCGCUUGAGUUAAAAAAACAUCCUAACAUUACAUGGUUUCUUUUUGCACGGGGGGGAUAAUCUCGGUGAAAGGAAGAUGUGUGAGGAGGAGAGGGCCAGCACCUCUGGGCAGCCCGAGAAGGCCGGGCUCUAUAUUCAGACCAGCCCUGGAACUAAACAAGAACCUUCAACUACGCAGAGUUAUGUUUUGCCAUCGCAAAAUAAACAGCCUCCAAAGAGCUCAAAUACAGGAACUGAUGUGGAUCCGGAAUACGAAGAGAAAAUGAAAAUGGACCGAACCAAAAGGUUUGAAUUCCUUUUAAAACAGACUGAGCUUUUUGCACAUUUUAUCCAGCCAGCUGCUCAGAAAGCUCCAUCAUCUCCACUAAAGUUAAAACUGGGAAGACCUCGAACAAAAUUGGAUGAAAAACAAUCACUGCUUUCAGUUGGAGACAAUCGUCAUCGACGUACUGAACAGGAGGAAGAUGAAGAACUGCUUUCCGAGAGCAAAAAGGCAUCGAAUGUGUGUGUUCGAUUUGAAGAGUCACCAUCUUAUGUGAAAUCAGGAACCCUUAGAGAUUAUCAAAUCCGAGGACUGAAUUGGAUGAUUUCUCUUUAUGAAAAUGGAAUUAAUGGUAUUCUUGCUGAUGAAAUGGGUCUUGGUAAGACACUACAGACCAUUGCAUUGCUUGGCUACCUAAAACACUACAGGAAUAUACCUGGGCCACACAUGGUUUUGGUGCCAAAGUCCACAUUGCACAAUUGGAUAAAAGAAUUCAAACGCUGGGUUCCAUCACUCCGUGCAGUUUGCCUUAUUGGAGACAAAGAUCAAAGGGCUGCCUUUAUUCGGGAUAUUAUGAUGCCAGGAGAAUGGGAUGUCUGUGUUACAUCAUAUGAAAUGGUCAUAAAGGAAAAAUCUGUGUUCAAGAAGUUUAACUGGAGAUACUUGGUAAUCGAUGAAGCUCAUAGAAUUAAGAACGAAAAGUCCAAGCUGUCUGAAAUUGUUCGAGAGUUUAAAUCAACAAAUCGACUGCUACUGACUGGAACACCCUUACAGAAUAAUCUUCAUGAAUUGUGGGCUUUACUUAACUUUCUGUUGCCUGAUGUGUUCAAUUCUGCAGAUGACUUUGACUCUUGGUUUGACACGAACAACUGUCUGGGUGAUCAGCAAUUAGUGGAACGUCUACAUGCUGUGCUCCGACCAUUCUUGCUUCGGAGAAUUAAAGCAGAGGUCGAAAAAAGUUUGCCUCCUAAAAAGGAAAUCAAGAUCUAUGUUGGCCUUAGUAAAAUGCAGAGAGAAUGGUAUACAAAGAUUUUAAUGAAGGAUAUAGAUAUUCUAAACUCUGCUGGAAAAAUGGACAAAAUGCGCCUAUUGAACAUCUUGAUGCAGCUGCGGAAGUGCUGUAACCACCCAUACCUCUUUGAUGGUGCCGAGCCUGGCCCUCCUUACACUACAGAUACUCAUCUGGUUUCCAAUUGUGGCAAGAUGGUGGUUCUGGAUAAACUGCUGCCGAAACUAAAAGAACAAAAUUCCAGAGUCCUCAUUUUCAGCCAGAUGACCCGUUUGAUGGAUAUUCUUGAAGAUUACUGUAUGUGGCGUGGCUAUGACUACUGUCGUCUUGAUGGGCAAACUCAGCAUGAAGAAAGAGAGCGAGCAAUAGAUUCUUUCAAUGCUGUCAACAGUACAAAGUUCAUAUUCAUGCUGAGUACCAGAGCUGGUGGCCUGGGUAUCAACCUAGCAACUGCAGAUGUCGUUAUUUUGUACGAUUCAGAUUGGAAUCCACAGGUGGAUUUGCAAGCUAUGGAUCGUGCUCAUCGUAUUGGUCAGAAAAAGACCGUUCGGGUGUUUCGGCUUCUCACUGAUAACACAGUAGAAGAGCGGAUUGUGGAAAGGGCUGAGAUGAAGCUGCGACUUGACUCUAUUGUAAUUCAGCAAGGGAGGCUAAUUGACCAACAGACCAACAAACUAGGCAAGGAUGAAAUGCUGCAAAUGAUUCGUCAUGGUGCUACCCAUGUGUUUGCCACCAAAGACAGUGAGCUAACGGAUGAGGACAUUGACACUAUACUGGAGAGAGGAGAAAAGAAGACAGCUGAACUGAAAGAACGUUUACAAAAUCUUGGUGAGAGUUCCCUUCGAUCAUUUACAAUGGAAACAGAAAGUUUAUAUAGUUUUGAAGGAGAGGAUUAUAGAGGAAAACAGAAGAUUGGUUUGACAGAAUGGAUUGAACCACCCAAACGAGAACGAAAAGCCAAUUAUGCAGUGGAUGCAUAUUUCCGGGAGGCUUUACGUGUCAGUGAGCCGAGAGCCCCAAAGGCACCUCGACCUCCAAAACAGCCAAGUAUUCAAGAUUUCCAGUUUUUCCCACCACGCCUAUUUGAACUUUUGGAGAAAGAAAUCCUUUCCUACAGAAAAAGCAUAGGCUACAAGGUCCCCAGAAAUCCUGACCUACAUAAUGCAGCGCAGGUACAGAAAGAAGAACAGCGGAAGAUCGACGACGCACAGCCUCUGAAUCAGAAGGAAACUGAAGAAAAAGAGAAGCUCCUAACACAGGGCUUCACAACUUGGAACAAACGAGACUUCAACCAGUUCAUCAAAGCCAACGAGAAAUACGGCCGGGAUGACAUUGAUAAUAUUGCUCGUGAAGUUGAAGGAAAGACGCCUGAAGAGGUCAUUGAGUACUCGGCUGUUUUCUGGGAGCGUUGUAAUGAACUGCAGGACAUUGAGAAGAUCAUGGCCCAAAUUGAGCGUGGAGAGUCAAGGAUCCAACGACGGAUUAGCAUAAAGAAGGCCUUAGAUGCAAAGAUGGCAAGGUAUAAAGCUCCUUUCCAUCAACUGCGUAUUCAAUAUGGAACUAACAAAGGAAAGAAUUACACAGAGGAGGAAGACCGCUUCCUGAUCUGUAUGCUGCACAAGAUGGGCUUUGAUAAAGAAAAUGUGUACGAGGAGCUGCGGCAGUGUGUGCGCAAUGCACCACAGUUUAGGUUCGACUGGUUUAUCAAGUCCAGAACUGCAAUGGAACUUCAGAGGCGAUGCAAUACGUUGAUAUCACUGAUAGAGAAAGAAAACUCAGAACUUGAAGAAAAGGAACGCGCUGAGAAGAAACGGCGAGGACCAAAAAUGGGAACGGCACAGAAGAGAAAGGCAGAGCCAACUCCAGAAACCUCUGGACGAAAAGAUUGGAAAAAAAUGAAGAAUUAAAUCAACUAUUCAAAUGAAGACUGCAUCUUGGUUAACACUAUCGUUUCUUUUUGUUGCUUUUCUCCCUUGUAUAUUCAUUAGAAAAAUAGAUGGUGCAGUUUCAAAAAUCUCAAAGAAUUUUGAAUACAUUCUCAAAGUGCAUUUGGAACACAGGAUUACUUUUGUGUGAUACAGUGAAUGCUUCUUUUCUUCUUUCGGUCUGCUUCAUUCCAAUAUUUUAUGUCCUGUCCUGCAGUUGUACGUACAGUGAACUACUUGUAUUUAAUUGAUUGCAUGCAUUUUAAUAUAUUGGCUGUUUUAAGGUAAAACCUAGGGAUCCUGUGUUUUUUGUACAUGAGUGGAAAUUGAAGCAAAUAUGGGAUUCCAAGUAUCUCAGCAAGGUAUUUGUCAGGAUCUGAGCGGGUUUUCCAAAACGAGCACCAUUUUUUAAAAAAAUAAUAACUUGUUUCUUGGAU